AUGUCGACAUCUAGCCCCCACAUUCAACCCCGGCUCCAGGGGACAAAGCUGAAGGUCCCCCAGCGGAAGAAGACAUGGCCUGUGCUGGCGGCUCAACUUCUGGCUUCGAACAUUGGCAAACCUCCUCAGGGAAGGCGGGCGCUGCUCAUUGCUAUCAACUACUCCGAUACACCGAUACACCGUAAAUACGUUCUCGGGUGUCCUCAGCGAGAUGCAGAGCAGAUGGCCGAAUUCCUUCGGGGUAGUCGUAUUGGUUACAAGCCAGAGGAAAUAACAAUCCUGAGCGAUGCGCCUGGAACCCCAGCAGACCGACUCCCAACAUAUGAUAACAUUAUGCGUGAGAUAUCGGAGUUCGUCAGUAACGACAACAUGGAAUACGUCGUCCUGUACUCGGGACAUUCGGGUCAACAAGACGUAGAAGACACAGCGAAGAUGACCGCCGACAAUGCUUCUGAUGAGCCUCCGGAAGAGGAUGGAAUGGACGAGUUUAUCAUCCCGAUGGAUGCAGUGGUUGGCCCGAGCUUUCAACCCGAACAUCUUGAUAAAUCGAAAAUCAUCCUCGACAAUGUCCUCAGACGCCAUCUAAUCAAGCCCUUGCCAUGGGGAUCUCGCUUCCUGGCUGUGAUGGACUGCUGCCACUCGGCAACUCUGCUAGUCCUUGAAUAUUUUUUGGGCCCUGCACCCCCAGGAGGCUCUUUCGAUAUCCAGAUCCCAUGCGAUGGGUUCUGUCGCCGCAAAUCCCAGCCUCUUCAGUCCCUUGCGGUGUGCGUUUCUGCCUGCAAAGAUAGUCAGACAGUCUACGAGGGCAUGGCUCCUACUCUGACACAGACUGUUAUCGCGCAAUUCGAGGCUUAUCCUGAACUUUCACCCCGACAACUGGUUCACGCUGUCAUCGCUAACAACAAAUACCAGAGGAAAGUCGUCAAGAGACUAGAGAGGCAGGCCCGGCGUAAUGGUGAUCAUCGUGUCACUGAGUUUCGUGACAUGCUGAAAGAACGACCUGCCCCUCAAAUAUCCAGUACCGCGCCCAUCAGGAUGAGAAAUCCUAUCCGCUGGUUCCAACCUCGCCAUCCGCAUUCUUUUUCGGCAUAG